AUGAAGCCUGUCCCCAGGGGGGAGGAGGUGGCGGGGGAGCAGGGUGCGGGCCCGGGUCGCCGGGCCUCGGACAUCCGUGUGUUCGCCAGCAGCUGCACCCUCCACGGGCUGGGCCACGUGUUCGGGCCCGGGGGGCUGACCCCGCGCCGGUGUCUCUGGGCCGGGGCGGUGUUGCUCUCGCUGGCCGCCUUCCUGUACCAGGUGGCCGAGCGGAUCCGCUUCUACGGCCAGUUCCACCAUGUGACGGCGCUGGACGAGCGCGAGAGCCACCGGCUGACCUUCCCGGCCGUCACGCUCUGCAACAUCAACCCCCUGCGCCGUUCGCGCCUGACCCCCAAUGACCUGCACUGGGUCGGGGCCACCCUGCUGGACCUGGAGCCGGAUGAACACGGGGCCUUCCUCCGGGCCCUGGGCCGCCCCCCUGCCCCUCCCGACUUCCGGCCCAGCCUCACCUACGACCUGGCCGAGCUGUUUGCCCGCGCCGGCCACUCCCUCGAGGACAUGCUGCUGGACUGUCGCUACCGCGGCCUCCCCUGCGGCCCCAACAACUUCACCGCUAUAUUUACCCGCCUGGGUCAGUGCUUCACCUUUAAUUCGGGGGCCGGGGGAGUCGAGCUCCUGACCACCCCCAAGGGAGGCGCCGGCAACGGGCUGGAGCUGAUGCUGACCGUCCAGCAAGAGGAAUAUCUGCCCAUGUGGAAGGACACGGAGGAGACCCCGUUUGAGGUGGGGGUUCGGGUGCAGAUCCACAGCCAGGAAGAGCCACCGGACAUCGACCAGCUGGGCUUCGGGGCUGCCCCAGGAUACCAGACCUUCGUGUCCUGCCAGGAGCAGCGUCUGACCUUCUUGCCUCGCCCUUGGGGAGACUGCAGCUCUGCCCCCCUGGAGCUGGAGUCGGAGCCUGGGUUCCCCGGUUCUCCCGACGCCCCCGGAUCCCCCGGAUCCCCCGGAUCCCCCGGCGUCGCCUACAGCCUCUCGGGCUGCCGCCGGGCCUGCGAGGCCCGCUACGUGGCUGCAAGGUGCAACUGUCGCAUGGUGCACAUGCCAGGAAGAGCCCCCGUGUGCAGCCCCCAGCAGUACAAGAUCUGUGCGAGCCCCGCCCUAGACUGGCUGGUGCGGAGAGAUGCCCCGUUCUGCCGGUGCCCGAGCCCCUGUGCCAGCACCCGCUACGGGAAGGAGCUGUCCAUGGUUCGCAUCCCCAGCCGCGCCGCCGCCGCCUAUCUGGCCCGCAAGUACAACCGCAGCGAGCAGUACAUAGCGGAGAACGUGCUAGUGCUGGACAUCUUCUUUGAGGCGCUCAACUACGAGACGGUGGACCAGAAGAAGGCCUACGAGAUGUCGGGACUCCUGGGUGACAUCGGAGGCCAGAUGGGGCUGUUCAUCGGUGCCAGCCUGCUCACCGUCUUGGAGAUCCUCGACUAUCUGUGUGAGGUGUUCCUGGACCGGGUCCUCGCCUAUUUCUGGAAGAAGAGGCGGCCCCAGCAGCGGCGGCCCAGCGACAGCCUGCUCGAGGGCCGCAUGGACCCCCACCAAAGCCCGGCUCUCUUCGCCCCCGGCCCCAGGACCGUCACAGCCUCCCAACGGACCUGCUACCUCGUCACCCGCCUCUAGUGCCCGGGGCCCCCCCCCAUGCCCCGGGAUCCCAGCUCGCCCUCACCCACCGCUCCUGCAUGAGCAGCAGCCCCCUAAUAAAC